AUGGCGGCUACGCACCUGCGAUCCAUCAGUUUGCCCACGAGGCCCCACUCCCUGGUCCUCAAGGUCGAGCAGGACCUGCAAAGGCUCAAAGCCUGUGCGUCAAACGCCUCAUCGCCGCCGUUCCCGUCCUCCUCGUCACCACCACCAGCACAAGCCGCCAUCUGCGCGUGGCUCAGCGACCUCAGCGACCUGUACGAGUACGUGGAGGAGCUUGUCCGCUUGCCCACCAAUUGGGACGCGCUCCGCCUCCCCCGGCACCGGGCGCUGGUUGAGCGCGAGCUCGAGGCGUCCGUGACGCUGCUGGACCUCAGCGGCGUCGCCAGGGACGCCCUCACCGCCGCCAAGGACCACGCCCGGGACCUCCGCUCCGCGCUCCGCCGGAGACGACACCACCGUCGUCGGCCGGCGGCGGCGAGCAGUCCUGCUGAGCUGCCACGAGCUGCUGAUCAUCGUGAGGCUGUCGGCGGCAAGCUGGAGGCGGCGCUGAGGAAGGCGAGCAGGGCGAUCAAGAGGCAACGCAACGGCAGGCGUGCUGCUGCCGCCUCAGAGAGCCAUGGAGGGGAUGAGGUGCGGGAGCUGGGAGCCUCUCUCCUGCAGUCGUCCAUGGAAGCUCUGCUGAGACAGGCCGCCAUCGUCGUCGGCCCGAGCUCCACGGCCGGCAAGUGGUCGCUCGAGUCGAGGGCGCUCACGUCGUACAGCAACAGCAGCAGGAACAUGAGCAUGGCCGCAUGUGAGGAAGGCCAGGAGAAUCAGUUGCAGACCUUGGAAGCAUGCAUUGAAGGUGUUGAGGAUGGAUUACAGAGCCUGUUUAGGAGUCUCAUCAGGAGCAGAGUUUGUCUGCUUAACUGUAUUAGCUUGUGA